CCGGAGUCCGCCUCGGGCGAUCUGCUUGGGCGUCGUGGCUUUGCGUCCUCCCCGGAGCGACCCCCGGGGCGGGGGUUCGCGAGGGUUAAACUUCCACGGUGCCGACCGCGCUCCCGCGUGAUGCCCUUGGCCCCGCGGCCCCAGGCAUGCCCAGCCUCAGAGCCCGCCCCGAAGAGGCGGAAAUGGAUCCCUCAGCUCCUGGACCAUCCCCAUGGACCCCUGCAGCCCGUGUGAGUGAUGUGCCCGCCGUGACCCGCCCUGCGUCUGCACUGUGUGCUCCGCUCUGCUGCGGCGACGCUGACCAGGGAGCUGCCCCCCAGCACCAUCAGCAGCCAGAUCGCAACACGAGGGCUGAGGGCAAGGAGUUUCUUCAGAAGGAAGACGUUUCUGAGGGUUUAGACUCGCAGGCAGAAAUAUCAGAAAACUGUACCAGUGAUGUUUCCCUGGCACCUGAGCUCAGAGAACUCUGCGAUGACGCGUUAGAAAGAGACUGGGGUGUCCCCUACGACAUGAGACAGGGGCCGUCCCUCUGCCCAGAGGAGGACUUCGCACAGGUGGCAGCGCUCCUCGGCAGCCCCUUAGGAGAGAGAGAGCUGGGCUGUGAUGAUUUUGAGAGAAGCUCCAGUCGGAGCCCAGACCCAGCGGCAUGUCUGGGAACUUCUGUGGAAGAGAGUCCACCUCCUUACACAUGUGGCCAAAGCUUCCAAAACGGCGCAGAUGUCACCAGCCAUGAGGGGCUCACCACAGCUGAAAGCACAUUCAUAUGUAACGAGUGUGGAAAAACCUUCAGCCAGAAUUCAGUUCUCAAAAAUCAUCAGUGGUCUCCUGUGCACGAGCCCUCCUGGUGCAGCGAGUGUGGCAAAGCCUCCCGUGCACACUCAGACCUGCUCAGGCCUCAGGUCACCCACGGUGGAGAGAGGCCUUAUGUUUGCAGUGACUGUGGAAAAGCCUUCAGCCAGAACUCCAGCCUCAAGAAGCACCAGAAGUCUCACACGAGCACGAAGCCCCAUGAGUGCAGUGAGUGUGGGAAGGCCUUCAGGCGGAGCUCCAACCUCAUCCAGCACCAGAGGAUCCACUCUGGGGAGAGGCCGUACGUGUGCACGGACUGCGGGAAGGCCUUCAGGCGGAGCUCCAACCUCAUCAAACACUGCAGGACCCACACAGGCGAGAAGCCUUUCGAGUGUCACGAGUGUGGGAAGGCAUUCAGCCAGAGCUCACACUUGAGGAAGCACCAGCGAGUUCACACUGGAGAGAGGCCUUACGCGUGUAGUGAGUGUGGCAAACCCUUCAGCCGGGUCUCCAACCUCAUUAAGCAUCACCGCGUGCACACAGGAGAGAAGCCCUAUAAAUGCAGCGACUGCGGGAAGGCCUUCAGUCAGAGUUCAAGCCUGGUUCAGCAUCGGAGGAUUCACACUGGAGAGAAGCCUCACGUGUGUGACGUGUGCGGAAAAGCCUUCAGUUACAGCUCAGUGCUCAGAAAGCACCAGAUAAUCCACACGGGAGAGAAGCCCUACGAGUGUGGCGUCUGCGGGAAGGCCUUCAGCCACAGCUCAGCCCUCAUUCAGCACCAGGGCGUGCACACGGGCGACAAGCCCUACGAGUGUCGGGAGUGUGGGAAGACGUUUGGCCGCAGCUCCAACCUCAUCCUGCACCAGCGAGUUCACACUGGAGAGAAGCCCUACGAAUGUACCGAGUGUGGGAAAACCUUCAGCCAGAGCUCAACUCUCAUUCAGCAUCAGAGAAUCCAUAAUGGCUUGAAACCCCACGAGUGUAACCAGUGUGGUAAAGCCUUCAACCGAAGCUCAAACCUCAUCCACCACCAGAAAGUUCACACUGGAGAGAAGCCAUACACGUGCACCGAGUGCGGUAAGGGCUUCAGCCAGAGCUCACACCUCAUUCAGCAUCAGAUCAUCCACACAGGGGAGAGGCCCUACAAGUGCACCGAGUGUGGGAAGUCCUUCAGUCAGCGCUCAGUCCUCAUCCAGCACCAGAGGGUCCACACUGGGGUGAAGCCCUAUGACUGUGCCGCAUGCGGGAAGGCCUUCAGCCAGCGCUCGAAGCUGCUCAAGCACCAGCGGACCCACACCAGGGAGUGAGAGCCGGCGAGGCGGCGCUCUGACCCCCGCUUCUCAGUGGGGCUCGCCCCCUGCCCUCCUCCCACAACCUGCUGUUCACACAGCCUGGGACCCCCCUUGCGGGGGGCGGGUCACAGCCCCUCCCUCCUGCCCGUGCACCCACCUCACGUGACCUUGUUUCUCUCUGGUUUUUCCGUUUUGUUGUGAGACUGCCAUGUUUGUGAGGAGGGGAGGCAGAGACUGCAUAUUUAUGAAUGGCGUUUACUGCUGUAAUCAAACAUAACCAAAAGAGUAAACUGACGUUUGCUUCCAGACAACAGCACUUCUGCUCGGUGACUCGUGUCCUGUGCACGUGGAACCAGGUGGAGUCGGGUCUGACUGCCGCCACCCUCCCCGUGUGGCGCGCACUCCUCAGCGCCGGCCCCUUGCCUGCGUGCCCGCGGCAGUCUGACGCCAUCCCUCCUCCUCCUCACAGCCCGCGAGACUCGGGUCCCCGCUUGGGGUGCUGCACAAUGGCAGGGGGCUGUUUCCCAGCCUCCACUUCCCUGCCUUAGGGUCCUGGCUG